AAAAAAUUAAAUAUUGAUCGAUAUCAACACAGUAAAAAAACAACCUCAAUUAUCAACAAAACGAAGCUCAUUGGCUACUAUAGUUCAUGGAAGUGGCGUGGAGGAGUAGCAUUCCAAAGAUACGUGCAGAAUGGUCCAAUAAUGUAUGAUAUCAGAAAGGCAUAUAGUGCCUUUCUGAUGGAAUGCAUGGUGGAGUUUCCUAUGGAGUUCAUGGUGGCAAGCCAAGACAACAACAAAAUGCAAGUCAAAGUGAGAAAUGACACUCAACACCAACCACAAGAAGCUAAUGAAGGACAAACUAAUGAUGACGCCCCUCCAACAACUAGGCUUGUUGAAGAAGUUGGAGAGACUGAGGCUACAAUGAUCCACAAAAAUGAAUCACACCAGUGGCAAAUCGUUACUAGGAAUAGAGGAAAGAAACUAGAAAACACAAAGCCUUCAGCAGCAGAGCAACAGAGCUGUGCCCAACGCCUACUACAUGAUGAAAUUGAAGAACAAUCCUCUGGCAACUUUAAGUCUAGUACUUUGACUAUGGAAAGGCCAGUCCAACAGUCUGAUAUGGAUAACUCCAUCGAAGCUGCAAUCAAGAGAUUAUCCAAUCUCCCCCUCCUCGAUAUCAAAAAGUAAAAAAACUUGAACCUACUCAACAGGCUGUGGGUUGCACAAUUUUUCAGACUUAUUUGACCAAAACAAAGUAAUCGCAUUAGUCAAUUAUUACUUUGUCUUGCCUUCUCUCAGAGCUUGCACAUUGGGAGCUCACUUACCUUGUUCUUUCUCAAAAUAAAACAUGGCUCAAAGA